CUGAACGACAUGUUCCCGGUGACCGACGCGGAGGCGCCGCCCACCGCCAACCCCCGCGGGUUCGCCAACCUCCUCUGGAAGCAGCUCGACCACCUCGGGAACGCGGGGUUCGAUCCGGCGCUCUUCCGGGUGGACGCGUACGGGAACGUGCUCUACCUGCAUGCGGACUCCGCCUCGCCUCUCGCCUGGGACAUCGACCACUGGUUCCCGUGCGCAAGGGGAGGGAAGACCGUGCCCAGCAACCUGCGGAUCGUGCAGUGGCAGGUGUGCAGGAAGAAGCAGAACAAGCUGGAGUUCCUCAUGCCGUGGUGGGAUCUGCAGCUCGGCAUCUCCGUCAACCAGUUCCUCUCCAUUUUCGCCUCCAAGAACUCCGACUUCAGAAAUAGAGCAUUCGCGUUCUUGUUCGCCGAUGGCUCCAGCGAGGAACUGAGCUCGCUUCAGGUGGUGGAGGCUCACGCGUUCCCGCAGCACUUCUCUGAGAUGACAAGGAAAGUGGGGCUUGCGCCUGCUGCAAUUGUUUCCACGAGGGGUUCUGACAACUCGGUGCUCAAAUCUCUUGAUGCAAACCGACCGCUCAGGCCUAAUUACCCUUUGAUCGCUUCUAAGAAAUUCACAGGCGAAAAGGAUGAGAAUGUCAACCUGGCAAUCUCAGGCCACGGGACUAAUUCAACAAAGGAGAACAAUAACCCGGAUGCUGAUGGCUACAUUAGCAAUCCUUACUUGUCCAUAGCUAUGGCUAGGGACUCGUUGAGGCAGAGAGAAGAGGCCAAGAAGAAGCAGGCUGAGCUCACUGAAUUGGAGAACGAGGCUAAUGAGCUGAAGCAGAAGAAUGAAGAGGAGCGGGUGGCCAUCCAGGGCUUGGAGGCGCUCCUGAUAAAGAGGAAGCGGCGAGUUGAGAAAUGCCGUCGCUUGGCAGAGGCUCAGUCUAACUACAAGGCAGUGCUGGAGAAGAUGAUCAGAGAUGCCAUGCACCAGUCCGUUGUGUACAAAGAACAACUUAGGCUGAACCAAGCUGCAACCAGCACUCUCAUGGCCAGAUUGGAGGCCCAGAGAGCUAUGUGUGACUCAUCUGAAACCGAGCUCCGUAAGAAGUACCAGCAGAGAGAUGAUUUGGAGAGGCAGAUAAAGCCAGAAAGGAAGAGGUAUCGUGUUGAUGAUGGAUUGCUUGAGGAAAGGCACAAUGAGAGUGUAAAGUAUCUUUCAGCAAGAAGAUUGAGAAGUAGCCCUCUCAAGCAGGAGCUGAGGGUUUUCCUGGAGGAGGAUCAGAGGAAUUCAGAUGCAUACAUUUCCUUAGGUGAAGAAGAAAUCGGAGAAGGUACUUCAAAUCGUGCUUCAGCAUUCGGCAAUGACAGAAAUGAACCAUUGAAGGUGAUUAACUUCCCAAGGAGGUCUCUCUCCAUUGAACAGAAUACUGUUGAUUCUGAAAGGGGCAGAACAUUGGUUCGGGAGAAGCUAGAAGAGUUGGCGAUCAAAGGACGGCGUCGUAGCAGGAGAGGAGAAAUAAAGGAGACUAUGGCAUCAAGGGGAACUGGUACACCUAUGAGGUCAAGAGAUGACAGGGGUAAAGCGACCAUGCAGCAGUGCUACGAGUCUGAGACUGAAAAAUAUCAUGCCAGUGAGACAGUUUCAGUACCGAGGACCUCAUCACUUCCCCCAAGUCCACCCUAUAGAGCAGUUGGCAUGUAUGGAACUCCUAGAUAUCCCACAGAUCAGUCAAUUCUGCUGCAAAAGAGUGAGGUGCUUCAUCACCGACGUGUUCCCAGGUCUGAAGAUGACGAAAACAUGAACCAUGUUGGCAAAGGAAAUGUGGAUAAGUGGCUUCAUAUGCUCAUGGAUAACCAGCAAGACUGUCAUGCUGUAUACCAUUCUUCAGAUGAACAGCACGACAAAGACGAGGAGAAUGCUUCAGAAGAGCAGCAGAUCCAAAUCAGAAUUAACGAAGAGAGCUGCAGGAAUGAAAUUACUGAAUGCUCCGAUGAGAUUAUUGAGGUUGAGGGCGAUAUUGCUUCUGAUCAGGGAACAGCAAGAUGCAGGAACAGCUUUGGCAUUAAGGAGAGGGAGGAAAAGAAGAUUUGGUUCCCGAGGUCCGACAGCAAUAGGGGUUUCCGGUCACUGCCCUCAUCGCCUUCCAAGAUACUUGGAAUGAGAAGAGGUGUGGAGUGCAUUGGCAGGAAGCCUAAGGUUGCUGGAGAGGCUGACUGCAGAUAUGGCUAUGACGAUUCAGUGUCCACAAGCAGCAGCAAGUUCCUCAGCAGAUGCAAGCAGGCAAUCAAGAAAGCAGUAAACAAAUAAGUCAAUGCACCAUACGUCUGAACCUAUUUAUGCUUCUUUCGGUGUGUUAAAAGUUAACUCCAUUUGUUGUUUCUUUCUGUAGCUUAAUAAGUGAGUUUAGCAUUGCUUGCAGACUUCUGUCUGAGGCUCUGCCUGUUACUUGUGAGAUACUGUAUUGUUUAUGGUCACCCUAAUAUGAUCAGAUUUGUGUGUGUACAACUAUUAGUUGAUUUGUGAAAGAAAUGAAUUAUUCUUGUUCCUGA